CUUUCGUUCAGUGACGCUGAGCUGCACAACAACAAGCCUCUCCUUCAGCUUGCUUUCUACAGUAGACUAUCCUGAAUUUAUAUCCGUACAACUGCAUUUUUUGUUUUGCAAGAGAAAGCUCUGCGUCCUCCAGGCACAGCGAUCCGUCAUGAGCUCUAGAAGCAGGCACUGAGACGAGACAGAGAUGCUGAUGUUUGGGACACUCCAUCGCCUCCUCCUAGCUGGGACAUGUCUCUGUGUCUAUGUAACACCUGUCCGCCUCCCAAGCUUCACCCCCGCUCAGGACAGCGGCUGUGGCGGGCAGUGUGCAGGCUCAGUAACAACUGAUGGGCCACCAACACACACCACAUAUGUAGAUUCCAAACCCUCAGAUCCAGAACAUGUGACUGGCCUGAUAUUGAAUGUAGGCGCAGGAGGAGGGCCUGGCCCACAUGGACGACCCGAGGCGAUAACUCCAGUGACGCAGACAGAAAACGGGGACAGCCUUGAUGGAAGAUUUGGGCCGAGUGAGGCGGGAGGAGAGGCACGGAUCCACAAGAGCGAGGCAAAGAAGGCUUGGAGCACAUCUGAGAUGGGAGACGCUGAAAGACCGUCGGUAGCAGCUUCAACACUGCCUGUUGAUCUAGAGGGUAGAAAGGAGGACUUACCUGUCACCAAAGAGCAUUUAAGUCCUACGGGUGGGAGAAAGCAGCUGGAUGUAGCCGUGAGAACCACAAAGUUGACUCCAGAUGCAUUUUCAGCCUCCUCCACAGCACCACCACAGCUGAGCACCACAGCCAGGGAGAGCAAAGACAAAGGUGGGGAGGAGCAAAUAAAGCUACCUGGUUAUGGCGAUUCACUCCAGGAUAAACAACCAGAAGCAAGCUUGCCAUCCUCUACAGGACCUCCAAAUCCCAGAGCACGGAUCCAGAAACUGACCUCCCACCGUUCCAUCCCUCACUCGGUUUUUGUCUCCCCUCGGACCUCCACACUUUUGUCAAUUUGGGGCCACGAUGGAGCUACAUUAUCCUCCCUCCCAGAUCCCCUGUUGCCUGAAAUUGGACCAAACUUGAUGCCCAGAGAGGAUGGGCCAGAAAGCCUGUGGACUGAGGCAGAGAGGCCUGGUGGAGUGGACACUGUGGUCCCGCCAUCUCAGGAUGAAGCCACUGAGGGCACCAUGUCAUCGAAGGCUCUCCCUCUCAUCUUUGAGCCGUUUGAAGAAGAUGUCACACCAGCAGAUGCGGCAGCGGUCACGCUGGAACCCGGCAGCGAUCAGCCUCCUGCUGCCAUGGCGACCGGAGGAAUGCCUGUGUCAGAGGUGGGCUUGGACCAGCUGGUCACCGUGGAGACAGACAGCGAUGGCCCCUCGCAGGCCCCACCCCUGCUGAUGCCAGACUGGACGUCACCUUGGCAGACGUCUGGCGCUGAGCUCCUUGAGCCAAUCAGCUCCUCCGGUCCGUCUGUUUCACAGCGGCCAACCGGAACAGAGCCAGAGGAUCAUUCUGAGAGAGGCGGCGGGAGGACGCCAACCCUUGACGGGAACUUGCCCACCACCGGCCCCUCCUCGUCAUUCCUGCAUGCUAUGACAACGGUAACCAUGGCAACCCAUCAGCCAGUGCACAAAUCCAGAUCAGGGUUAGAGGAGAUGGAGUCUGAGGAGGAGCCAGAUGAAGAUGAGGAUGAUGACACCUCUGAGGAAUCAGUGGAGGACGAGAGCGAAGAGGACCGAACAGAAAAACCUAAAACAGCCUCAACACAGCCUCCGUACAGCCUCAUCCCUCCACCUCCUGUCUGGGUUCAACGGAACCAGGGGCUGAUGCGGAGCUGGGUGGAGCUAAUCAGAGAAAAGGCGGGUUAUGUGUCUGGGAUGUUGGCCCCUGUGGGCAUUGGCAUCACUGGGGCCCUGCUAAUCGUCGGCGCCCUCUACAGCAUCAGGAUGAUUCACCGCAAAAGGAGGAACAGCUUUAAACACCAGAGGAGGAAGGUCAGACAGCCAGAGCAACCUCGAGAGCCCGGGACCAGCCGUCAGGACCAGGCCAUGCUGCUGGCCGACAGCUCCGAGGAUGAGUUCUGAUGAGACCCCUUUGGUCUCGUUUUGUCGGUGACCAACAGCUGAUGCUCCUGUGAAGGAAGCUCAGCGAACACCCCCAUCGCUAUGACUUCCGCAUCUCCAAUCAUCCUGGGCUGUUUGGGAUGACUCUUCUGGUCCACAGUGUGAGUAGGCUAUAGGGCACAAUUUGCACAGGCUGCGCAACGGUCAGCUUCGUAUCCCCCUUUCUAAGAAUACCAAUGUUGUCAGGUGAUGCUGACUCUAAUGGCUGCUCGUAAAAACAAAAUGCAUUAGCAGGGUCUUGGCAGGAUUACAGUGUAGCUGGUAAAUUGAGGUUUUGGCUUUGAGAGGUGAGGUUGAAAUUAUGGACCAGCGGACUUUCUGUCAAGUAAUAACAAAGGGCUGUAGAAGAGUUAACAUUACAUAAACAAUGUAAAUAUAUGUACUGUAUAUGUAGCUGACUUGGGGUCAGUCGUGUUAUGUUAGUGUAAAUAAAAUUGUAUUUCUUGCUACACAUCUAGGAUAUUUAAAGGAAUUGUACAACAUUGUGGGAAAUACGCCCAUUUGCUUUCUUGCCGAAGAUUGACACCACUCUGAUAUGUGGCUGUGAGCUGGAGCGAGCAGCUGGUUAGCUUAGCUUAGCAUAGCAUAAAGACUCGGGGAUACCGGCUAGCCUGGCCCAGUGCAAAGGUACAAAAACCUGCCUAUCAGCCGCUCUGAAAGCUCACCAAUAAACACAUGUCUUCAGAUCAGUACAAAAAAGAACGUGUAAAAAUGACAAUUCAUUGUUUUACCGGGGUCAUGUGAUGAACUGUCUGGGAGCAGUGACUUCCUGGUUACCUAACGACUGCUUGACAAGAUGUAACAUGAAGAUUUGUGAGCUUUAUUGGUGCUGGUAGGCUAGUUGUUUCCAGUCUUUAUGCUAUGCUAAGCUAACUGUCUCUCUUAAAAAAAAAAAAAUAAAAGUUUCAUAUUUAUCAGACUGAGUGGUAGAAAUCUUCUCAGUGUUCUGCAAAAAAAGGGAAUAAGCCUGAAUGCUUAACUAUUUCUUAAAGACUUCCACAUAUUUUAGAAACCUUCACAUACAAUUCAUUUGAAUUAAUGCUUCAUUUAAAUGUGAACUUUGUGUAAAUGUAAAUGUUUUAUUCAAAGGCAUUUGUUCAUAAAAGGUACUGUGAGAUGCACAUACAAAAUACCAUCGUCCUACAAACUUAUGUAGCAUAAAACAGAUUUUGAUGUACAAUAUAACUCUGAUAUGAAUUCAUUAUCUUGCCACUUGCAAAAUGUUUCAUUUUGAAGCGCAUGACUAUGUCUAAUUCUAUUCAUACAGAGACUUCUUUCUAAAUAAAUGAAGUGUUUCUGUUGGCUGGAAAAGCACAAACACUGAAGACACUGGGGGCAGAACCACGGUUUUUUUUUUGGAAACCACUACAUUUUGCACAAUAGUGUUUUUGGUGUUAAUCUGGUUCAGAGGAGGACAAAUAAAGGAGACGUUUUGGCCAAUUUCGGCCCAAGAACACCACAUCGCUGAAGUGCAAUGACUUACAGUCAGAAAAAGUCCAUAAAGUUUAAGAAAAUAAGAGAUCAUUUUAUAAAAACAUCUUCUCUUGUUCAGACAGAAGAUGCAAGAUAUUUGAACACUACUCAUUUGAGCCAUGUUUAACGCCAAUGUCGAUAACGCAUGGUCUUGUCAUUUAAAGAAAAUAUUUUUUCUGUAACUUCAUGAGUCAUGUGACAUGCUUAAUGUACAACAGCCUGUUCAUAUGCAAUAAUACUGUUUUAGUGUGAUGUAAAAUAGACACUUUUUUGUCUAUAGGUAGAUCUGAAACAGGAUGUCAUCAAUAAACAACACUUUUAGAUGUCU